AUGUCUAUCAAUUUAAGGAAAACACUUACAGUGUGGAAGUUGGUGUGGAGGGGCCUGGGUGGGUUGUCAGUUCUGUUGGUGUGGAGGGGCCUGGGUGGGUUGUCAGUUCUGUUGGAGGGUGUUGGUGUGGAGGGGCCUGGGUGGGUUGUCAGUUCUGUUGGUGUGGAGGGGCCUGGGUGGGUUGUCAGUUCUGUUGGAGGGGUGUUGGUGUGGAGGGGCCUGGGUGGGUUGUCAGUUCUGUUGGAGGGGUGUUGGUGUGGAGGGGCCUGGGUGGGUUGUCCGUUCUGUUGGAGGGGUGUUGGUGUGGAGGGGCCUGGGUGGGUUGUCCGUUCUGUUGGAGGGGUGUUGGUGUGGAGGGGCCUGGGUGGGUUGUCAGUACUGUUGGAGGGGUGUUGGUGUGGAGGGGCCUGGGUGGGUUGUCAGUUCUGUUGGAGGGGUGUUGGUGUGGAGGGGCCUGGGGGUUGUCAGUUCUGUUGGAGGGGUGUUGGUGUGGAGGGGCCUGGGUGGGUUGUCAGUUCUGUUGGUGUGGAGGGCCUGGGUGGGUUGUCAGUUCUGUUGGUGUGGAGGGCCUGGGUGGGUUGUCCGUUCUGUUGGUGUGGAGGGGCCUGGGUGGGUUGUCAGUUCUGUUGGUGUGGAGGGGCCUGGGUGGGUUGUCAGUUCUGUUGGUGUGGAGGGGCCUGGGUGGGUUGUCAGUUCUGUUGGUGUGGAGGCCUGGGUGGGUUGUCCGUUCUGUUGGAGGGGUGUUGGUGUGGAGGGGCCUGGGUGGGUUGUCAGUUCUGUUGGAGGGGUGUUGGUGUGGAGGGGCCUGGGUGGGUUGUCAGUUCUGUUGGUGUGGAGGGGCCUGGGUGGGUUGUCAGUUCUGUUGGUGUGGAGGGGCCUGGGUGGGUUGUCAGUUCUGUUGGUGUGGAGGGGCCUGGGUGGGUUGUCCGUUCUGUUGGAGGGGUGUUGGUGUGGAGGGGCCUGGGUGGGUUGUCAUUUGGGCUUGGGAGUGGUGGAGAUGAGGGUGAUGGUGCCUGGUUGGGGGCUGUUCUGUUGGGUCAGGGUGAAUAUAGGGUAUAG